AUGACUACUCACCAGAGACUCCCCUCGAACCUCAGUUCAGUCAAAUCUAGGUUUACAUAUCGGUUCCUUAAAUCCCUGAACAAACUGAAAAAGAAUAGAUCUGCUUCACCAUCUAUCAGAGAGACUUACAGAAGAUAUCAUUUGAUUAGGGUUGCCUCCUAUGCAUCGAUGGCUUCCGCGGUAAGACCGAGGAGAGCUUGGAGUCAUGCGACUCUUUGGAAGAUUCGUAACCGUACAUUUCACCGUGCUUUGAUGAAACGAAGCCGAACCCAUUCUUCAAUGAGAAGAGGUGCAAGAGGAAACCCUAGAGAAGAGUUAGGUUUUGGGCAGGUAAGUGAUCUUCGGAAGCUUGUGCCAGGCGGUGAAGAAAUGAAAUUUUGCAGAUUGCUGAAUGAAACUGCUCACUACAUAACAUGUCUUCAAGCCCAAGUACAGAUCAUGAGAAACAUUAUAGAUCAUUCUUCCGCUUGA